AUGGGGAGGCUCCUCAAGUUUCUGCAGAAACUGGUCUUCCUGGGUCAGGACCACCGGUACAAGGCGCUGGAGAGGGACGAGGUAGAGACCUUGAUUGAUGACCAGUGUGAGCUGAAAGCCAUCGAAAGAGAAAAGACUGUCACAGCGCUGCCACCCCGGGAAGCGUGUAAAUGCAGCAAAGAGGAUUUGGCCAGAGCCUUCCAUGUGGACCUGGACAGUGGCCUGUCAGAGAUGGCAGUGGCCCAGCGCAGGCUGGUCCAUGGCUGGAAUGAGUUUGUCACUGGUAAUGCUGAGCCCGUGUGGAAGAAGUACCUGGAUCAGUUCAAGAACCCCCUGAUCCUGCUGCUGCUGGGCUCAGCUGUGGUGAGUGUCCUCACCAAGGAGUAUGAAGACGCCAUCAGCAUCGCCCUGGCCGUGCUCAUCGUGGUGACUGUUGGCUUCAUCCAGGAAUACAGGUCCGAGAAAUCUCUGGAAGAGCUGACCAAGCUGGUACCUCCAGAGUGCAACUGCCUGAGGAACGGCAAGCUCCAGCAUAUGCUCGCACGAGACCUGGUUCCAGGAGACAUCGUGUCCCUGUCCAUCGGAGACCGGAUCCCUGCCGACAUCCGACUCACUGAGGUCACAGACCUCUUGGUGGAUGAAUCCAGUUUCACAGGAGAAGUCGAGCCAUGCAGCAAAACAGACAGCCCGUUGGUGGGCGGCGGGGAUCUCAGCACCCUGAGCAACGUGGUCUUCAUGGGGACCCUGGUGCAGUGUGGGAAGGGCCAGGGAGUGGUGAUCGGAACCGGGGAACAGUCUCAGUUCGGAGAAGUGUUCAAGAUGAUGCAGGCAGAAGAGACGCCUAAAACUCCGCUGCAGAAGAGCAUGGACAGGCUGGGCAAGCAGCUGACCAUCUUUUCCUUUGGCAUCAUUGGUCUCCUGAUGCUGGUUGGUUGGAUGCAAGGCAAGCCCAUUCUCAGCAUGUUCACUAUCGGGGUCAGCCUGGCUGUGGCGGCCAUCCCAGAGGGGCUGCCCAUCGUUGUCAUGGUGACGCUGGUCCUGGGGGUGCUGAGGAUGGCUAAGAAGCGGGUCAUUGUGAAGAAGCUGCCCAUUGUGGAGACUCUUGGCUGCUGUAAUGUCAUCUGCUCUGACAAGACAGGCACACUGACAGCCAACGAAAUGACAGCGACCCAGCUCGUCACAUCCGAUGGGUUCCAGGCUGAGGUCAGUGGAGUUGGGUACAGCGGCGAAGGGACUGUGUACCUCCUCCCAUCCAAGGAAGUAAUCAAGGGAUUCAGCAAUGUUUCGGUGGGGAAGCUGGUGGAGGCAGGCUGCGUCGCCAACAACGCUGUCAUCAGGAAGAACACUGUAAUGGGACAGCCCACAGAAGGGGCCUUGAUAGUGCUGGGCAUGAAGAUGAACUUAAGUGGUGUCAAAGAUUCCUACACACGGAGAAAAGAGAUUCCCUUCAGCUCAGAGCAGAAGUGGAUGGCAGUGAGGUGCAGCCCGAAGAAUGAGGAUCAGGAAGACGUUUACUUCAUGAAGGGGGCCUUUGAGGAAGUAAUCCAUCACUGUAGCAUGUACAACAAUGGGGGCAUCCCCCUGCCUCUGACGCCCCAACAGAAGUCCUGCUGGCAGCAGGAAGAGAAGAAGAUGGGGUCGCUUGGCCUGCGGGUGCUGGCCCUGGCGUCUGGGCCCGAGCUGGGGAGACUGACAUUCCUGGGUCUGGUGGGUAUCAUCGACCCCCCGAGGGCUGGCGUCAAGGAAGCAGUCCGGGUCCUCUCGGAGUCUGGUGUGUCAGUGAAGAUGGUGACAGGAGAUGCCCUAGAGACGGCCAUGGCCAUAGGAAGAACCAUCGGCCUGUGCCACGAGAAGCUGAAAGCCAUGUCUGGGGAGGAGGUGGAAGGCAUGGAGCAGGACGCACUGGCUGCCCGAGUGAGGCAGGUGUCUAUAUUCUUCAGGACCAGCCCGAAGCACAAGGUUAAAAUCAUAAAGGCAUUGCAGGAGUCAGGGGCCAUUGUAGCCAUGACAGGGGACGGUGUGAAUGAUUCAGUCGCCCUGAAGUCUGCGGACAUCGGGAUCGCCAUGGGCCAGACAGGGACGGACGUCAGCAAAGAGGCCGCCAACAUGAUUCUGGUGGACGAUGACUUCUCAACUAUUAUGAGCGCGGUGGAGGAAGGCAAAGGCAUCUUCUACAACAUCAAGAACUUCGUCCGCUUCCAGCUGAGCACGAGUAUUGCAGCCCUGAGCCUCAUUACCCUGUCCACCGUGUGCAACCUGCCCAGCCCCCUCAAUGCCAUGCAGAUCCUGUGGGUGAACAUCAUCAUGGAUGGGCCACCGGCGCAGAGCCUGGGGGUGGAGCCUGUGGACAGAGAUGCCCUGCGGAGGCCUCCCCGGAGCAUCAGGGACACGAUCCUGAACAAAGCCCUGAUCCUGAAGGUCCUCAUGUCAGCUGCUGUCAUCAUAGGAGGGACCCUCUUUAUCUUCUGGAGAGAGAUCCCGGAGAACGGGACCAGCACUCCACGCACCACCACCAUGGCCUUCACCUGCUUCGUGUUUUUCGACCUCUUCAAUGCCCUAAGCUGUCGCUCUCAGACCAAGCUGAUAUUUGAGAUUGGCUUCUUCCGGAACCGCAUGUUCCUCUACUCGGUCCUCGGGUCCCUUCUCGGGCAGCUGGCUGUGAUCUAUGCCCCGCCCCUGCAGCGGGUCUUCCAGACAGAAAACCUGAGAGCUCUCGACCUGCUGCUGUUAGCUGGCCUGGCCUCGUCUGUCUUCUUUCUGUCGGAGCUGCUCAAGCUGUGUGAGAAGUUCUGCUCCGGAGGCAAGACCCCCCAGACGUUCCCAGGGGCCGUGUGA